AUGAUCCGCAACGUGUGCCUUGGAAAGGUCCUCAUUGACGGCGACAGCGGAUUAAACAUCCUCUUUGCCAACACGCUCAAGGAAAUUGGUCUCUGCGCCAUGGAUCUGAAUCCAACGCAGACACCUUUCUUCAGCAUCGUCCUGGGCGACCAAGCGGACAUCCACUUCAUCGUUGCUGACUUCGACACCGCCUAUCACGGCAUACUUGGUAGACCAGCUCUGGCAAAGUUCAUGGCUGUUCCGCACUAUGUCUACAUAAUCAUGAAGAUGCCUACUCCAAAUAGAGUCAUCACGAUCUUGGGCAACGUGCAAAUAGCGUACGACUGCGAGAGGGAAAACCUUCAAAUUGCAACCACCCUGGACCUGUCGGUGCGCAUGGAGGAAGUCCUCACCACCUCUAAGAAGGUGGCGCCGGAGGAGCUCGAGAUCUCGACCAAGAAGCCGGUGAUGGAGGCGAUCAAGGCAAAGCCGUAG